AUGUUCUACUCUCCUCCUAAAGAAAAGCUUAUAGAUGGAAAAUAUAAAAAUGAAUGGGCGAUACUUAUGGAUUUAUAAAGAUAGGAAUAAUAAAAGGAAUAGUUUGAAUCAAAUUUUGAUGAGAAAAUGAGAAAAUAAAAAUAUAAAGAAGAAUUAGAUAAAAUGAUGAACAACUAAAAAGAAAUGCAAAUGAGAAUGAGAGAUCACAAUGAAUAUUUGAAUAAAGUUCAUUUUGAAAACGAUUAAAAAUAGAAUGUAAAUGAUUUGAGUAGAUAAAAUAAAAUAAAAGAAAUGGCACAGUAGUGUAAUUAUACAAAUUUCAAUGAGAUUUAACUUAAGAAUGAAAAAUUCUCUUUAGAAAGAAACGCUGAAGUUCAGUAAAUGAAAUAGAUUAUAGAUAAAGCUCAAAAACUAUAAAGUGAAGAAAACAAUCAAAAAAUGCAGUAAAAAAUACGUAUAGUACAUGAAUUGAGUGAUGCUUAUCGUUAAUAAGAGUUGAUGAAAGCUUAAGAAAAAGAGAAGAUUAAGUAAGAGGAUAAAAAGCUCAUGGAAGCAGAACUUUAAAAACUUAAUAACUAUGAAAUGAACAGGAAACAAUUUUUUGAUAAGAUCAAAGGUGGAUUUUAAUAGAAUAACAAAGUUUUAGAAUACUAUGAUAAUUUGUACAAGAGAAAAUUAGAAGACUAGAAGAAUUUUGAGAUCAAUAAUGUGGAUAAAGUUAUUAGAUAAAAACAGCUAGAGUAAGAAGAGAGAGAACUUUAGGAUUAAUAUAAAAGAAAACAAAUUAAUAAAGAAACUUAUGAUACAAUUUUAUAUUAAAUUAACAUCAAAAAGGAACAAGCCCAUAAGGAGGCUAUGAUGAACUAAAAUUAUUAAAAAUUAUUAGAUGAAAAUAGUAAAGAAUAUUAGUAAUAAAUGAGGGUUCAAAAUGAGAUAAACAAGUCCAAACAGUUAGAUUACUUAGGAGAUUUAAAGAAUCAAAUGGAAAUCGAUUAACAAAAAAGAAGAUUAGAAGGAUACAUGAAUCCUAUUGAGCUUUGUUUAAAUAGAUAAUAGUUAGAUUAAUAUAAUUCUCCAAUCAAGGAAUAACAAAGCAAAGUUUUACAUACUCCAAUUGUACCUGGUUUAUCAGGCUAAAGAGAUUUCUAAAGAUAAAAAUAAAUGAAUAUGAUAGAUAACUAAUUAGGCCUCUAAAGAUCAGCUGAACAGUAUAAAAAUGCUAGAAAUUUUUCAAACGAAAACUUUGCACUAAGUAGACUUAAUUAAAGUGUUGAUAAUAUAAAUAUAUUUUAAACCAAGUAAAACAACAAUAUUUACUGUUCAGAAUAUGGAAAUAGCUAUAAUACACAAAUAGCUUCAAAUUAAAAUCAAUAACCUAUUUCUUAGAGAAAUUUCUCUGCUACCAGGGCUAAUAAUAGAAGUUUUCUAGCAGGAUAAGGUUCAAGGAUAUUAAAUUGA